AUGGAUGAUUUGGAACUUGUAAUGCAUCACUAUGUGCAACAGAUAAAUUUUAACGGCACAUGGUUUACUGAACAAUAUAUUGUCAUCAAAUCGAAAUAUAAGGAUUAUAGCACACGACUUCAAAUGCUAAAAAUGAUUGUAGAAAGUGGUUCAUUUGAAACUAUAACUCUUAAUGCCUCAUAUCGACGUGUUCAAGCAUUUACAUAUAGCAACUUCUUGGUUAAAUAUGGCGAAGACCCCUAUAGUUUGAUUAUGCAACUAAAUUUCAAGCCGGACAAUAUCAAAAGCUCUAUUUGCGAAAUGCGCUUACAAUUGAAAGAAAAAGUGUACUGGCUUAAUACUAUCCUACUCGUAAAACAACCACUAAUGGUGCAAGUGGAAAUACACUUAGAUAAAAACUGCGCUUUUUUUAACAAUCUGGACACCCUGCCAAUUAAUGACAUUAGCAGCCAUGUUAGCCAUUUGACUUUUGCUGAGAUUAUGACAUUUUCAUCAAAAUCAAGCUACCAGAUUGAAAAUUAUAAUAACAUUUUUUCUGAAAAGAAUUUGGUCAACAAAGCAAAAAAUAAAAUUAUUUUUUAAAAUACUGAAAACAAAAAUGAGUUGCGCAUUUGGAAGUUGCAAAAAUACAAAAUACCGCUGCAAGGAAGACGGUACAGGGCUUGAGGCCCCUGCGGCUUAAGCAAGGAAAGCCUUCUAAAAUAUCUGUAUAUUUGUUCUCAACAUUGAUUAGUUAAUAAGAAGUUAACAAGUCCGAUUUUUUUUAAUCUAUUGUACAAUUAAAAUGUAACUCUCGAGGAAAGGACUGUAAAAUGUUUUAUUCAAAUUCGAUAUUUAAAUCUUAAGUUAAAA